AUGAAGGUGAACACGAACCCUGGCUCGACCGCGGCCACCUGGACACCCUUGGAAACAGGAUCGUUCAUCCCCAGGGAGCCGCUUCCCAAAGAGGCGGGCAGCUGUGAGGCCCCCCUGGCAAACAGAGCGCAGGUAACCCAAUCCAGCCGGGGGGGUGGGGGGGAGGCCAGCAACAGCAUCCCUUUUGUCUCGGCCCCUGCAGGAGAUCUAACCGAAGCAGUCUUUCUUACCCACCCACCCUUUCUUUGCUUCCCAGUGGGAGAAAGCAGGGCCCGGCAGGGCUCAGGGCUACGGAGCAUGGCCAGCCGCAGGUUGCCCAUGGUCCAGCGGAAGGAGGAGCAGCUGGACUCAAGAGCUUGGAAGGAUGGCGACGGGGCCGGGACCCUGGACGACAGCCUCACCAGCCUCCAGUGGCUCCAGGAGUUCUCCUUCCUCCCUGCUGACCCCGAGGCCUCCUCUGCCUCUGGCCAGCCUGGCCCCUCGAGGGUCCUUCAGGGCUCCUGCGGCCCAGCCAGCCCCCCGGCCGGAGACACAGCCGCCAAGGGGAUGCCCCCGAGCAUGGGCAAGCCCACCUCCUCCAGCACCAGCUUCUGGCGGCCCCCCGCCCCUGCUUCCGAAACAGCCGACUAUAAGACUGAUGCCCGGGUGAAGCCCCCCUACUCCUAUGCCACCCUCAUCUGCAUGGCCAUGCGGGCCAGCAAAGAGGCCAAGCUCACCCUCUCCGCCAUCUACACCUGGAUCAUAGAGAACUUCUGCUACUACCGCCAUGCGGAUCCCAGCUGGCAGAACUCCAUCCGGCACAACCUGUCCCUGAACAAGUGUUUCCAGAAGGUGCCGCGGGGAAAGGAUGAGCCGGGCAAGGGGGGCUUCUGGCAGAUCAACCCCCAGUACGCAGACACGCUCAUCAAUGGUGGGUUCCCACGGAAACGAAUGCCAGCCCUCCCCUCCGCUGCUGCAAGCACCAGAGGAGACAGCCUGCUGAGCGGGACAUGCAUGCAGGCACCACUGCUGCGUCCCAGCAAAGCCGCCAGGAGGGCCCCUUCCUCUCCUAUGGUAGAGAUCAGCAGGGAGACGGCCGUUCUGCCGAGCAACCUCAGCUGGGUCCCAGGGCUGGAGGGGACCUUUGCAGCUGCCGGCGAAGACGAAGUGGAGCUCGCCACGGCCCUUUGCGCUCUGGCCCCGGCGGAGGAAGACAUGGCUUCCCUCUCCCACCCUCUGCCUCUCGACGCUCUGAGCAAACGGGGUCCCCCAGUGGAGGAGGAGGACCUGGUGUUGCGCUUGGAGCCGCUGACCGAGCCAUGGGAGGAAGCGGGAGAGGAGCCGGCCCUGGGAGCCAGCUGGGGCCUUGAGGAAGACCCUUGCUUUGCCGAGAGCUUCCUGGUUGAGAUACAGCCCUGGGAAGUGUGA